AUGGCUAUUGUAGCUAUGGCAUUGUUGGCACUUGCCUCUGCGAAUUCGACGGUGCCCAAUGAGCAUGAGCACUUCUACGACUUUUUGAUGUAUACGACCCAAGGCAGACCCCGGCUGCGUCAAUACCUGGUGCGGAAAAUGCUCCUACAUCUCUCCACAGCUGCAUGGAUGCCUCCUGCUUGCCCGGCACCCAAUCGGCCAUUACGCCGUGGACGGCAGGGGAUAUCUGAGCUGAAAGUGCUGGUUCUCAUCACAACUCCUGUGAAAGCGAUUGAAUGGCGGCAGAUGGUGCGAAAGACUCUCCCAGAAUUAACCUCGAACAUUGAGCUUGGAUGUCGAGUGGUUAUCGUGCCACGCUUUGCUGUGGGCUCCAAGACAGUGACAAACCAUCUCCAGCAGGAGGCAGACUUCUAUGGAGAUUUAGCGAUCCUAAAUAUGACGGACACCUUUAUCUCUUCAGGGCAGAACUCGCAAAAGACCUGGUUGUCUUUCGACUGGGCCCUGAGAUGGCAUGGGGACGCCCAUUUGAUUUUUCAUCAAGACGGUGACACUCUGGUCGAUUGGCGUCAGGCCUUGCCGCGUUUCCUCCAACGGAUUUUCCCAGCCUUGCCCGAAAGGCGAGAGCUACGGCAUUUGCAAUUGGGACGUUUGUGUGAACGUACACCUUCACACCUCUUGGCUGGGUGCCCUGGUGCUGUCGAGCUCGAGCCUUGUGGUGCUGGCUCCCUCUAUGGCUUCUCCACUGAUGUGGUUCGUUGGAUGGUGGAAACUCAGCAUCCCGAGGUUGGUCAUCGCAUGAACUAUGAGGACUUGCACGCUUGUCGUUGGGCUCGCCGUUUCGAACAGCAUUUUGGAACGUCAUUGGAUGUUUGUGGACUCCUACGUGCGCGGGAUUUCCAAAAUGCUUGGAUUCAUCCUCUCAAGGACCAGCAAGCAUAUCUCAGGUGUUUCCACAAUCGGACGCACGGAUGCUGGGCCAACGAUCUUGGACUUCAGCGACUGCACUUUGUGAUCCAAAAAGCGCGGCGCCGGUGGAUACUGCAGGAACACACCGCACCUCCCAAGAAGAGUUUCCAGCCCUACCACGCACAGAGCGUGCCCAAGUCGGAAGACCUGGAGGCGGUUGCAUUCAGCCGACAAAACAGCGGAGAUGUCGGGGAUGUGACCACUAUGAUGCUCCGUAAUAUUCCCAACAAGUACACACAGAACUCCUUACUCCAGGAGAUCAACGACUUGGGUUUUGCAGGCACCUUCGAUUUCUUCUACCUCCCGAUGGACGUGCACAACCGCAGCAAUGUUGGCUACGCCUUCAUCAAUUUUCUGCGUCCUGACGAUGCUGAGCUGUUCCGCCAAAAGUUCUCGGAUCAUCAGUUCCAACGAUUCCAGAGCCGCAAGAUCAGCAGCGUUUGCACUGCACAUGUUCAGGGCUUGCACGAGAACUUACGGCACUUCCAAAACCGCGCCGUGACGCACGCGAGGAACGAUCAGUACAGACCUGUGGUUUUCCGUAAUGGCUGCCGUGUGGACAUUGAGGACAUCCUCGCAGAAGGAAAGACCUCUGGCUCCGAGGAUGAGAAGGAGAAGAAGAAGAAGGAAGAACGUAAGGCCAAGGGCAAGGCUGAACCAAAGCGCUUGCCCACUGCGAACCCCAAAGCUGGUGCGAAAAACAACCGGGCAAAGGGCCAAGAAGGCUUGGAGGAGGCCAUUCGCCAGAGUUUGGAGGCCUUGCAAGAGCGCAUGGCCCACGAGACGCAGGAGACGCCCUUGUCACCACCUCCAGGCCUCAUUCAGCCCUUUGAAGCCACGGACUCUGGAUCCCAGCUGGGGCAGGAGCAGGAAGUGAUGCAGCUGCUGAACCUACGAGGUCUACUGCUGGAUCGCCUUCUGCAAAAGGAGGAGAAUUUCGCCUACAACCAAGCAGCGGCUUUCUUGGCGAUGCAGCAGCUGCAGGAGCAGCAAUACAUGCAGAUGCAAAGCCCACCCAUGUGCCCUAUGUCUUCGCCAUACGCACAAGAGGCAAAAUGGGAGGAUCCAGCCUAUGUGGAUGUGAAUGCAUCUUGGGGCAAGGCGUUCGAGACCUAUGACACUGAGAUCCCAACCCCUCGCACCAACCGACUCAUGCUUGAGGGAUCCCUGGGCAGCUGCUUGGCUAGAAUGCUGGGGGAGGGCAGUGGCUUCUUGUUGCACAUCAAGAAGUGA